UCACAUACGAGAGUAUCUCGUAAAAAUCAAUAAUGGAUAAACAGAUUUUAUAAAAGAAAAAAAAACUUUAGGCAUGUUCUUUUGGCGAACGCCGUAAUCAGCGGCAGCGUCUGCAAUUUAACCUAUCACCACCGGAAAAAACAGACAACCACAGCACUCAUAAACAAAGCCAGCCUCUUUUCUUGACGCUGCGGCAGUCGCCGAGGAAUAAAAGGAACGCUGAAUAUUUCAGCGGCAACUGAAUUCCAUAUAUUGCUCUUCCUGCAGUUCGCUAGCGUCUACUUUGAUUUUCCUUGCGUCAAUUUUAGUUUUCCGAUCCGUUAAAUUUGCUUCCUCCGCUGUGUUAUCUUCUGACGCUGCCGCUGGUUUCUGCGUUUAUCAACUUCGAUUUUUCUUCCUUGUGUGAAUAAUUGAAUGUAGCCUCCCCCAGGACCCCCACUCAAUUUUUCUCAUAAAAAACAAUAGCUCCAAAGUCCACCUACUCACAUCCGCAUGAAAAGGAAUCUUGUAUGUUUCAAAAUAUUAACCAUCCUAAAGUCUCACAUAAACAAAUAAAAAAAGAUAUUAUGUUUUCUUUAUUAUAUCAAAAAACCUAACACCCCUCAUCAUUACUCCCACUUCAAACCAAUCUGCUUCCUUGAAUGGCAAGUCUCUUCUCCUCACCUCUCAGCUCACGUUCUCUCUCUCUUCUAAUCAACCUCUUCUUCAUCUUCCUCAUCUAUCUCCAUUUCGCUUCACCAAAUCCUCCUCCCUCAGGAUCCAUCAAAUCCCUAAACUCUCUAGCCGGCGGUGACAAUGACAGCUGCAGCCAAGGACUCGCAGCCCUAGACGACCAGCGUUCCAAGUGUUCUUACGUUAUAUCUCAAUCAAAAUGUACCCCACAAGGUUACGUAGACUAUCUCAAGAUCUUCUUCUGCAUCUUCGGACAGUCCCCUGUUUUGGGUCAUCUAGUUUUAUCCCUCUGGUUAUUUGUUCUCUUCUACUUGCUCGGAGACACGGCCGCGAGUUACUUCUGUCCUUCUUUAGACAAGCUAUCUAAAGUCUUGAAGCUAUCUCCCACGAUGGCUGGUGUUACGCUUCUCUCUCUAGGGAACGGUGCGCCAGAUUUGUUCUCAAGUGUUGUGUCUUUCACUAAGUCGAAUAAUGGUGAUUUUGGACUCAACUCUGUUCUAGGCGGUGCUUUCUUCGUCUCUAGCUUCGUUGUCGGGACGAUUUGCUUGUUGAUUGGUUCUCGAGAUGUCUCUAUCGAUAAGUACAGCUUUAUACGCGAUGUGGUUUUUCUUCUGGUCGCUCUUUGUUGUCUCGGUUUGAUCGUCUUCGUUGGAAGAGUAACCAUAUGGGUUGCACUCUGUUACAUUUCUAUUUAUCUACUCUAUGUAGGGUUUUUAUCAGUUUCUCAUUUCUUGGGCAAGAAACCUAUAUCCGGUCAGGUUCUUCGUACUAGAGAGGAUUUAGCCGAGAUGGGCGUCCCAUUGCUCAGCUACAUCGGUGAGGAGAAACCGAUUCAGCCGCAAAAAGUUGCUCAAGAAUCAAGAACUCAAGAACAAGAAUAUGAGAUUUUGGUUCUUGAUUUGCCAAAGAAACAGCCGUCUUGCUUCUCGGUGCUAGUGAGCAUCGUAGGACUACCUCUAUAUCUCCCCCGGCGGCUCACGAUCCCCGUCGUCUGCCAAGAGAAGUGGUCAAGACCUUGCGCGGUUGUUUCCACAGCCAUCGCACCUGUUCUACUAACCGAACUUUAUUGUUCUCAUUACACCGGGUCCAAAAGCAACCUAAUCAUGUACAUAAUAUCUGGACUUAUCGGGUUAUUCCUUGGUUUGGUAGCGUUCUUGACCACGGAAAGUUCUCGUCCACCAACGAAAUUCUCACUGGUUUGGCUUCUAGGCGGUUUCACAAUGAGUGUGACAUGGACAUACAUCAUAGCACAAGAGCUAGUCUCGUUGUUAAUAUCAUUAGGGAACGUCUUUGGUAUUAGUCCUUCCGUGUUAGGACUAACCGUCCUGGCAUGGGGCAAUUCGCUAGGCGAUUUAAUCGCUAAUGUGACCGUGGCAGUUCAUGGAGGGAACGAUGGUGCGCAAAUAGCACUUUCCGGGUGUUACGCCGGUCCGCUUUUUAACACGGUGAUUGGACUAGGUGUUCCACUUGUUAUUUCCUCUUUGGCUGAGUAUCCUGGGGUGUACAUCAUUCCAAGUGAUAAUUCGUUGCUUGAGACACUAGGAUUCUUAAUGGUAGGCUUGCUUUGGGCACUUGUGAUAAUGCCAAAGAAGAAGAUGAGGCUUGAUAGGCUUGUCGGUGGCGGCUUAUUUGCUAUUUACUUGUGUUUUCUAUUCUUGAGAUUGGCUAGGGUCUUCGGAGUCCUUAAUAUCGACAAGUGAAUUUUAAAUAUUGUGAAUGUUUAGAAUUUUGUGUUUUUUUUUUGCAAUAGUUGUUUACUGUUAAAGAAGAAAUUUGCAAACAGAUGAUAGUUGUGGGUCGUAUGUAAUUCCUUAAAUUUUAAAGUGUUGUGAAUAUUGAGAGUGAUAGUUAUAUUUGUUUGUUGCUGAACA